UGUCCUCUCCUCACACUCCACCUCUGCUCAUCUCUCUGCUGGACAGUAGGAGCCGUUCACUCCACACACUGACAACAUGCUGGGGACACUCUGCACUCUCAUCACGGCUCUGGCAUAUAUCAGAUGUCAGAAAGUGGUAACCCAGACACCAUUAACACUUUCAGUGAAAACCAGUGAGAAAGCAACCUUGAACUGUAACAUUGCAAAAGAUGAGCGCUAUUAUGUUUCUUGGUAUAAACAGAUUCCUCUUGAUGCUCCACAGUUUGUGUUAAGGUUCUAUUACUCUCAUAGUUCUCCAGAUUAUGGAACUGGCUUCUCAUCUGACCAUGUCACAUCUACAGCCUCAUCAAGCACAGACUAUCAGUUACUCAUCAGCAAUGUAGCUGUGGAAGACUCAGCCACAUAUUACUGUGCUACAUGGGACGACACCGCUAAGGAGACUGUAUUCGGACAAGGCACCAAGCUGAUUGUAACCGACUCGGCGCUGCCCGCUGCGUCUCUGACCCUCUUUCCUCCGUCCAGCGCGGAGCUGCAGGCCGACAGAGUCUCUGUGGUGUGUGUGGCAGAGGACCUGCCCACGGGCUUUGCUGAGGUCAGCUGGGCGGUCAGUGGGAACCCGGUCAGCAGCGGCAUCAGCACCGGCUCCCCUCAGCAGCAGCCCAACAACAAGUUCCGGCUCAGCAGCCUCCUGACCAUCCAGACGGCCGACUGGACCAGCGACAAAGACGUGUCCUGCCAGGUGGCCAGUGCCAGCUCCACAGCCUCCAAGAGCAUCAAGCAGUCAGACUGCAGCAACUGAGGCCACAGGGAAAUGGCUCAUUUUUACUAAACUUUUACAGAGAAUAAAUGUAUUUGCUAGAUUAAAUGUUCCUUUGAAUAUUCCAUUAUUUUGUUUCAAUAAAGAGCAUUUUAUUAACUUU